AUGGAGUGUGAGAGGUGCUGUGGCGGUGAAUUCAACGAGUUUUGCCAUCACCAAGAAACACCGUCUUCUUCUACCCACCAAAUUCUCUCUCCUCUCCAUCAAAUCCCAAAACCCUUCAACGGAACCUCCAAAACCCACAAUUUCUACCCAAGGANUCUUCUUCUACCCACCAAAUUCUCUCUCCUCUCCAUCAAAUCCCAAAACCCUUCAACGGAACCUCCAAAACCCACAAUUUCUACCCAAGGAAUUGAUGAGACCUCUUCGACAUCACCCAAGAAACUCGAUUCAGCUGGCCUAGGGUUUGGCUCUUCAUCUUCUGCUAAUUUGGACGCCGAUUCAGUGAAUACGAAGAAGAAACAGAGCAAGAGAGAGAGGGCAUCGGUGAUUCGCCGAGUACCGGCACAAAAACCCACCUUUCUCUCACAAAAAGAAGAGGCUCAGAUUAAGGAACAGAGUAGGAAUGAGAGUGCUUUUCUUCUUGCUUGGUUAGGGCUCGGAGGGGUUAUUCUCGUCGAGGGUAUUGCUCUUGCAGCAUCAGGCUUCCUACCAGAAGAGUGGGAUAACUUCUUUGUUAAUUAUCUCUACCCAUCAUUUACGCCGACUGUCUUCUUAUUUGUCUCUGGAACAGUUGUUUACGGAUUUAAUGGUGACCACAGUUUAGUUUGUCUGGCAACGCCUUUGCUUGUCAUGCUGGGGAGAAAAAUGUAUGAGUGCUCUACUGAUAAUUGA